AUUUUCACUUUAUUUGUCUGCUUGACCGCAUCUACUUUCGCGGCCCCAAGUGGCGCUCAUGGUGGAAUUGUCUUAUCUGGACCUUCUGGCGUUGUAACUGGUCAUGGACCCAUCGGCCCGGCUGCCCUAGGUCUUGAUGGAUAUGGAGCUUACGGAGGACACGGUGCAGGUGCCUACGUAGCAGGACCUGCUGGGUCUUCAGCUUAUGUAGCCGGCCCCGCGGGACCAUCGGCUUAUGUAGCAGGCCCUGCAGUUUCUCAUGCUUCAGUCGUUGGACCUGCUGCUGGAUUGGGCUUGGGAUAUAGCGGAGGUCCUGGCCCUUUAGGAUCCCUAGGAGGAUUUGGUCUUAAUGGUUUAGGUGGAUACGGAGGGUACGGUGGAUACCGCAGUGGUCUUGGUCUCAGCCAUGGAGUUACGGUUACAAAUGGAGGUGGCACUGUAGGUGUUAGUCCUCACGGAGUGACAGUCAAAGGACCACCAACUGUCCCUGCCACUAUUGCUGGACCAGCUGGAAAAGUAGUAGCUGAUGGACUGUAUGGAGUACCGACCCACGGUCACGGAUGGUAAAAAUUGGAGGAAACUAGGCGAAAAGAUACCGAAAUGAAUAUUCAGUUGAUAUAUUAUGAUUGUUUCAGAGAGUUCAUUCAUAUUUGAGAUUAUAUCAUUUGCUUUAUUCUCGUGGAAAAAUUAUAUCCAAAACUGGACUUUUUAUCAAAUUUUCCAACGCCACGUACUGCCAUAAGUCAAAUAAUUAUUAUUUCCUGCCAGUCUCAGACGAAAUAAAGUUUCUUUAAAGUAAGUUAUUCUAUGAGACUAUGGUGAGAAUUGAGUACUUAUUAUUUCACAAUUCUUUUGUAAUUAUUUGUUGAAUUUGUUGUGAUUACUGAGACUAUUACUAAGAUACAUUAUGUAUUAUGGUUGAAUAUUAUUCAAAUAUAGUUAAUGAAAAUAUACAUUUUUUACAAAACUA